CCUGACGUUUGACACACCUGUUGACGACUUUCAACCCUUUGACGUCACCGCAUUCCGUCAUAGGGAUGGCCUGCAUUACGAACUUAGGGCCAAUGAGCACGUAACAGCGACAAAUAUCUACACAUCAUGAGGAAGACAUACCAUCUCACAUGGAGAGUGCGGUGUCCCAAGAUGUGGCUGCACGCCUGUACACUUGUGUGUGUCGCGAUCUCUUUACUUGUAUGUGAGGCACGUGCUUCAGAUCCGCCCCCCAAAUGGCAGCACGAUGACCCCAUCUCCGGUAGAACUGUGUACUGUGACUGGUGUAAGCCCGGAGAGUACAUGAACCGGCCCUGUACGGAGCAGAGUCCCACAGAGUGCCUCCCCUGCCCCUGGGACCACUACACAGAAUACUACAACCAGGAGCCUGAGUGUCUCCUGUGCCACCAGGAGUGUAACCUGAAGGAACAUGAACACGAACAUGAGGCCCUGCCGUGUACAGCCGUGCAGAACCGCCAGUGUGAAUGUGAUGACGGGUACUACCUGUUGUUCGAGUUUUGUCUUCCUCACACAGAGUGCGAGAUAGGAGAAGGCGUCAGGGAAAAAGGCACCCCGUGGAAGAACACGAGAUGCAUGCGCUGUGGGUCAGGCACGUUUUCAGACGAGGUGUCCAGCACGGCGGAAUGUAAACCUCACACGGACUGUACCAUUGAGGGGGAGUGUGUGGUCCAGGAGGGCAACAGGCGGAGGGACAACACGUGUGGCACCUGCGCUGUCAAUGGAACAGUGUCCAACUCGUCCGUGAGCGACGCGACACAGGUGCCUCCAACAGAAGAUGGAAACACAACCGGCUAUGAAGACGCAAACAAGUCCGAUGACGCCACCAAGACCCCCCACCCUGGUGGCUCGACAUGGGGGCCCUACUGGCUCCCCUACUUGUUACUGGGGCUGGUCAUAUUCAUUGCCGUGAUCAUCGUGGCUGCUGUGGUCACAUUAUGGAGGGACGACCCUGCAGUACAGAGCAGACGGCGACUGCCGUCAAGGGUCAGUCUGACAGAAAUCUUUGUCAAGCGAGCCUCUCAAACCAGCAUUGGGAGUGCGCCAGGACCCAGCGAACACCAGCAGCCUCUGCUAGAGGAUAACACAGGUCAGAGAAGGAGGUCGAGUCAAGAAAAGGCGGCAAGGCUCGUAGGCCACACUACCGCCGCCAAGAGGUUCCAGAGGGGACUCUCCGUCGAAGAGGAGGAGAGGACCCCGUCUCUUACUUCCGAUGAAGAGCUGUCCCGUGAGAAGGUAGCUCUUUCUCACGCUGACCACAUAGCCGAGGACAUCGGUGCUGAGUGGAGAGCCCUGGGUAGGAAACUGGGCUUCAAUGACGGCCAGUGUGACGGUUUCCAAAACGACUACCAGGGACUGAAAGAAAUCACGUACCAGAUGUUGCGCAAGUGGAUCGAAGUGAAGGGAGAGGGCGCCACGCUAGGAACCCUGGGUAACGCACUUGUUGACGUGAGGAAAGAAGACGUCAGGUCAAAACUCUUUACUUUCGAACACGGGCGCCGGCUGAGUAGAGACGAGUCUUCUUAGAGAGUCAACCAUGUCUUCCCAUCCAGCUUGUUUUUAGAAUAUUGUUGGAUGCUUUUUUUCUACUGUGCAACCAACCAGGUAUCCAUGUUGUGUUGUGCGACCUACCCUUUUCUAAUACUUGGCAUGGUAUCAAAGCAGACAAUUGACAAUGUAUCGAAAAACUUUAAAUUUAUCUUUCAUUCAAUGACAUUAGGGUACACGCCGUGCAUAUUUUUAACUGUACUGUUUUUUUAAGUGGUACAUAUACCCCACAAAUGUUGCACGAGUUGGAUUGAAUUCUGCCAGUACAAUAUACAGAGAGCCCUCCUCGCAAUUUUGCCGAUCGUGGAACGGUAACCAAGAAGACUUUGCUGUAUUUCAAAGUGAUACUAUCUUAAGGCUGCUAUAUGACAGUGCUGCAAUAACGUGUGACACACGUGUAUACACCAUAUGUUGUUUUAUUAAUGGUGAUCUGUGUAUGUAUCAUGGUGAUAUUAGUAAGGGAAACAUCAUGUAAAAUCUCCAGCCAUAUGAUAUAUAAAAUAUUUUACGAUAUAUAUGUGACAACGAAUUGUAUCAAUACUUGUAGUAUAGUAUGUAAGUACGGUGGUAAGAUCGAGGGUAUAUUUUGUUGACCAUGGGAUCAAUUCUGACAAAUAUUUGUAUAUAUUUGUACAUUUGAUACUUUUACAUAAAACCAAUGUAAAUACAUUGUAUUUGAAAUAG